UCAUUCAUUCACAAGUGAACGUGAAGGUUGAAUGCGUGUGUUGUGUUGACUCAAAACAAAACAUAAUCGUGUCUAAUCGAACUGUCGCCUUUCCAAACAAAAAUCUCAAGUGGUUCCAAACAUGUCGUUUACUAUUUUUGUUAAAUCAAAAUUCUAGUGUAACCAGAAACAACAAUAUUUUUUAGACAAAUAUAAAUUCUCCGCGACAGUGCGCAAAGAAAAUACAAAUGGACGGCUCGAACAUCGAUCACAGUGAUUCAGACUCCGGUGAAAGCUGGACCUUGCUGGAAGAUGCCCCAACUUAUGCUGAUGAUGCUCUUGACUACUGCGACAUAGUUCCCAAACAGGGGGACACCGCGGAGAACAUCGAGAAAGAUGAAGACACCGACGGCAUCUCCGUCAUCACCGACAGCGAACCGGAGUCCAUUCCGUGUGAAAUUACCGACGACAUGCCCAAACUAGAGACCCGUCCAACAGACCUACCACAGUUCAUUUCGGUCCCGUACCCCGGCAAUAAACACGACGAAUCCAUAAGAAGCACAGAUGACUUACUCGGAGACAACAACAGAAGGUUCAAAACGUAUGUCCACAGGAGGAAUAAACGGCUGAGCACCGUACUCAACAUCAUAAUGCUCGGCAGUGUCAUCACGGCAGCAGGCGUUGCCAUAGGGCAUAUGUGGGGGGUCAGAGAUGACUGCUGUAUGCACACUACACCUUCUGUCAACAAAAUACUAUCUAACCUCUAUAAACUUCAAGAAGAAAACGCCUACUUACGCAACAAGCUGAAAGAAUUGACAUUGCUAAAUAAUAUAAAGCUGCAAAAAACAGCAGAUAAAGGUCUAAAGCCGCCUCGUUGUAAAAAAAUGUUUGAAGCUCCACUAAAUAGCGAAAAUGUAAACAAACUGACGAAAUGCCUUGACGAAGAUAAUGAGAAGAAGUUACUGGAUAACACACAACUGCCGUAUGAAAAAGACUAUCUGCGUGAUGUAGAUAAGCUUAAGAAUGUUUAUAUGCAAAAUAGAAGCUGGCUGGACGAAGCUAUCGCAAGGAGGUUGAAAAAUGAAAAGCAAGCUAUAAAAGAUAAAAAAAGUUUAAGGAGCGUACUUGUCGAGGAGAAAUUAAAUCAACAGAAAGGUGAAAAAAAUGAAGGAUUCAAUGUAAAUAUAAUCCCAGAAAUAGAGAUAACAAUUGCUGAGGACGUCAAACCUUCACAAGGAAAGAAAAUCACGUACGCAGACUCGCUGAGAUCUGAUAACAAAACAAAACACAUUUCCGAUAGAGAUAACUUUGAAGGUGAAGGAAUGAGGACAAAUUACCGCAAGAAAAGGCCAAAGCGAUCAAUUGUGUCGCAAGAAAAAACGUUAGUAGAAGAAAGUGAGGAAGAGUUUAAAAAAGACGAUAGAUAUAUGGCACCAAGACCUAGACAGGAAAGGAAACGCGAUCGCCACCACCCAAACAAGAAGCAGAAAAGAAAAAAUAAAUAUGAAAAAUUUGAAAUCAACAACUACAUCAACGAUGAUGAAUUUUCAGUAACUUCUUCUCAAGAGAAUGACUUCAUUCUUAAACAAGACAAGAACGAGCGUAGUCGUGAUUUCGAACGGACCAUUUAUAUAGACCAGUUUGGAGAAGCUAAAGACACGAGAUCUACUCAAACUGAUGUCAAGCGCAAAGAAAAGCCAUUGAAGGGUGAGAAAAAUGUCAAACCUAAAGAAAAAGAUGCUUCAUGGUAUGAGAAACGCGCUAUGCUGCGUACUGAAGCUAGAAAGAAACUAGAAAAUGAAUUGUUCGGGGACAAUAAUCCAAACAGCGGCUGGUAUUUCAGGCGUAUGCAGAAAAGAGAGCAAUGCCGCGUAAAGGGAGACAACAGCACUCACCGAAAGCACGAGAAGUCCAAGCGAGCCAUGAAUUUCAAGACAAAACGCUAGUUAAGUAAGAUAUGUUGACACUGCUAGAAUUAAAAGCAGAUUAGAAUGGUUCAUGUAGAUUGUUGUGAUGUUGUUCAUAGAAAAUGUUAAAGAUCGGGCUGGAUGCUGAAUUAGAUGUUCUUCACUUCAUUCUACACUAUCUGCUGAUGUAUUCUAUUGCAUUUGCUGUAAGCAUCUGAGAGAUCUUAGAAUAGCCACCUUAAAGGUGCUUA